ACCUCCUCUCCGGACGAUUCGGCGGUCCUCUCCACGUGACGGCGACGCUCUCCCUGCUUCUCUCUCGCCCCCGGCCCGGCCCCCGCCCUCCGUCCAUCCUCGCCGCCGGCCCCCGGCCUCCGUACCUCCUCGCUGCCGGCAGCCACCACCGGUGCAAACUUCCCCUACUGCCGCGGGGAGGAUCCCGAUGAGGUGAGGUAGACUGCCCUACCGAUCUCUUUCCGUGCCCCAGUUCAUCUCAGGCCCGUACUCUGAUGUGGUGGAUGGCCGUGCCGCUCGCGGGUAGACGCCACCGCGGUGGAGAGAAUGCGGGGUGCGCAUGUUUGUGAGGCUGUUUGUGCGGCGACGGGAUCCUUUUGUGGCUUGAUUUCAUGUCCGAGCUGUGAACCGCGUUGAUUUAGAUCGCUGUUGUUAAGAGUGUGAAAUGGACUUUCUUCGGCGGCUCGCUGCUGGCUUGCUCAAGUGCUGUGAUCUUGACAUACCCAAUCGGCCAAAGGGCCUUGAAGACCCCGAACGCCUGGCCAGGGAAACAGUUUUUAAUGUAAACGAAAUAGAGGCUCUGUAUGAGCUGUUCAAGAAGAUUAGCAGCGCCGUGGUUGAUGAUGGCUUGAUCAAUAAGGACGAAUUCCAAUUAGCCCUGUUUAAGACAAACAGAAAGGAUAGCAUGUUUGCUGAUCGGGUGUUUGACUUGUUCGACACGAAGCAUAAUGGAAUUCUUGAAUUUGAGGAAUUUGCUCGAGCUCUUUCUGUGUUCCAUCCGAAUGCACCAAUUGAUGAAAAAAUUGAUUUUGCUUUUAAAUUGUAUGAUCUCAAACAACAAGGUUUCAUUGAAAAGCAGGAGGUCAAGCAAAUGGUGGUCGCAACACUUGCUGAAUCAGGAAUGAAUCUUUCAGAUGAUAUUAUUGAAGGCAUUAUUGACAAGACAUUUGAGGAAGCAGAUACAAAACAUGACGGGAAAAUUGACAAGGAGGAAUGGCGCAAUCUUGUCUUGAGGCAUCCAUCUUUGUUGAAAAAUAUGACCCUCCCAUAUCUCCGGGAUAUUACAACAACAUUUCCAAGCUUUGUAUUCAACUCUCAAGUAGAGGAUGCAUGAGAUCCCAAAGACUGGUGCACAACAGAACAGAUUCUGCGGGGUGCACUUGUGUGUUUUUAUUUCCUUGGAAAUGUAUAUUUUAUGUGGUGGCAAUGUCCUUCUGAGGGUUCUUUCUUUUGUAUAGUUUGAGUGCGCUGAGUAUAUUCUACCCAGGAUUUCAGUACGAACCAUUUCUUAUCAUGUGUUUAUAAAAUGCUCUUCAAAUAUAUUGUUUAAUUAACAAGUCGCA